AUGUUGAUAACUCGGAUGAACAUAAUCAAGUACGACUUGUCAAUAAUUGAACUGAACAUAGACUGGAUGAAAUGUCGACAAGAUCUGAAUGUAGUAAACCUUUUGAAAAUAAAUCUAAGAAAAUUUACCAAGGGGAAAGAUCAUUUACCUGUUCAGAAUAAAUCAUAUCUUCUUGAUCAUCAAAGAAUUCACACAGGAGAGCAGCCAUAUUUAUGCUCGGAAUGUAAGAAGAGUUUUAGUCGGAAAAAAGAUCUUGUUAUUCAUCAGAGAACUCACACAGGGGAAAGGCCGUUUAUUUGUCCUGAAUGUGAGAAGAGUUUCACUUUGAAAACAAAUCUUGUAGAUCAUCAGAGAACUCACACAGGAGAGAAGCCAUUUCCAUGCUCAGAAUGUGCUAAGUGUUUUAAUCAGAAAUCACAUCUUGUUCGACAUCAGAGAACUCACACAGGAGAGAAGCCAUAUAUAUGUCCUGAAUGUGAGAAGUAUUUUAGUGAUAAAUCAAGUCUUGUUAAACAUCAGAGAUUUCACACAGGAGAGAAGCCAUUUUCAUGUGUUGAAUGUAAGAAAUGCUUUAGUUGGAAACCAAAUCUUGUUCGACAUCAGAGAACUCACACAGGAGAAAAGCCAUAUUCAUGUCCGGAAUGUGAAAAGUGUUUUAGUAAGAAAUCAAAUCUUGUUCAACAUAAGAGAACUCACACAGUUCUAAUAGGAUGUCACACAUCCCGGGAUUCUCUAAACUCUCACCACGAAACUCAACAAGGUGAAAGGCCAUUUAUAUGUCCAGAAUGUGAGAAAUCUUUUGUUAGAAAAGGACAUCUUGUUGAACAUCAGAGAAUCCACACUGGAGAGAAGCCAUAUUCUUGUCCGGAAUGUGAAAAGUGUUUUAGUCAGAAAUCAAAUCUUGUUAAACAUCAGAGAAGUCAUACAGAAGAAAAGUUGUUAUUAUGUACUGAAUAUGAGAAGAGUUUUAGUCUGAAAACAAAUCUUGUAGAUCAUCAGAAAAUUUACACAGGGGAGAAGCCAUUUUCAUGCUCAGAAUGUGAUCAGUGUUUUAGACACAAAUUAAGUCUUGUUCAACAUCAGAGAAUUCACACAGGAGAGAAGCCAUAUUCAUGUCUUCAAUGCAAGAAAUGCUUUAGUCGGAAAUCACAUCUUGUUCAACAUCAGAGAACUCACACAGGAGAGAAGCCAUUUUCAUGUCCUGAAUGUGAGAAGUGCUUUAGUCAUAAAUCAAAUCUUGUUAAACAUCAGAGAAUUCACACAGGAGAGAAGCCAUUUAUAUGUCCUGAAUGUGAAAAGAGUUUCAGUCGAAAAAGAAAUCUUGUAGAUCAUCAGAAAAUUCACACAGGAGAAAAGUCAUUUUCAUGCUCAGAAUGUGAUAAGUGUUUUAGUCACAAAUCCUUACUUGUUAGCCAUCAGAGAAUUCAUAAAAGAGAGAAUCCAUAUUCAUGUACUGAAUGUAAGAAAUGUUUUAGUGAGAAAUCACAUCUUGUUCGACAUCAGAAAAUUCACACAGAAGAGAAGCCAUUUGCAUGUACAGAAUGUGGGAAAUGUUUUACUUGUAAAUCAGCUCUUUGGCAACAUUUAAAAAUUCACACAAGGAAAUAA